AUGGUAAGUCAGCUUGUCACCUAUCCAGAGCAUACGUUAAGUAUAUAUAGGGCCGAUCCCAAACAACAACCUGGACUGAAGCCGCAGGCUUUCUACAACGCUAUGGAUCGAGGCGAGCGGAACUAUGACAUCAAGGCGCAGGAUAUCCAAUGCGACUCGGGGACCGCCAACGGGCCUUCUAAAAGUUAUAGUCCGUCUCAACAAAGAGAACAACUUAGUCUACGAUGCGGUGGUAGACGUGAUCACUAUGUAUGGUCUGACGUUUGA